GCUCACAUUCCACUCUACGGGCUGUUUACUUCCGUCAAUAUUCUGAGCAAAACUGAAUUUUAUUAUAACAAAGGACUCGCUGCUGGUGGAGAAUGCCGUUCUUGGGGCAGGACUGGAGGUCUCCGGGAUGGAGCUGGAUUAAGACCGAAGACGGCUGGAAACGCUUCGAAUUUUUCGGCCACGAUUUGGGAGAUGACAACAAUAACGAGCUCGACUUGGAAGAGCUGUGUGAUGAAAACAAAGAAAACAUGUACGUGGGAAACGUCUGUGAAGUCGUUGCCAAGAAAAGGAAGAAGGACUUUGUCAACAACAACACAAAGACGCAGUUUUUCUACCAGGAAAAGUGGAUCUAUGUGCAGAAGGAGAGUACCAGAGAGAGACAUGGCUACUGUACGCUGGGAGAGGCCUUCAAUCGGUUAGAUUUCUCCAGCGCCAUCCAGGACGUGCGACGCUUCAACUAUGUGGUGAAGCUCCUGCAACUGAUAGCUCGUUCCCAGCUAACGUCCCUGAGUGGUGCAGCACAGAAGAACUACUUCAAUGUGCUGGAGAAGAUCAUCAACAAAGUGCUGGACGACCAGCAGAACCCGCGGCUGAUUAAGGACCUGCUGCAGGACCUCAGCUCCACGCUGUGCACGCUCAUCAGGGAGGUGGGCAAGUCGGUGUUGGUGGGGAACAUCAACAUCUGGGUCUGUCGCCUGGAGACCAUUCUCACAUGGCAACAGCAGCUCAACAACCUGCAAAUCCCAAAGCAACUGACCAAUGGGAUGACCCUCAGUGACCUCCCGCUACACAUGCAGAACAACAUCCUGUACAAAUUCUCAGAUGCCUCUGACAUUAUCAACCUGGGCCAGGCCACACCCACUCUGCGCGUGCUCAGUGAGGACCGGCAUCUGUGGAAGAAGCUGUGCCAGUUUCACUUCGCUGAGAAACAGUUUUGUAGACACCUGGUACUGUCAGAGAAAGGGCACGUGGACUGGAAGCUCAUGUAUUUCACACUGCAGAAGUAUUACCCCAAGAAGGAGCAGUAUGGCGACACCCUACAUUUCUGCAAACACUGCAGCAUCCUCUUCUGGAAGGACCGGCACCUGGCUUUGCUCUUCAAGGACUCCGGACAUCCGUGCACGGCCAAUGACCCAGACAACUGCCUCAUGCCAGUGUCACCUCAGCACUUCAUAGACCUCUUCAAGUUCUAGAGGCUUCCAGAAUGUGCUUCAAAACAAAAACAAACAAAAAAAAAAAACUGCCUAGGACUGUUCUGAUCUCCCUUCUAGAACCUUCUCUCACCUCUUCCUACACAUGUCCAUGGACAGGGGAGAAAACAAGAAGCCUUUUUUUCUGUGUCGAAUGUGUGUCCAUGUGUGGUGUUUGUUUGUGUGUGUGUGUGUGUGUGUGUGUGUGUCGGUGCUUAUGAGUGUGAGUGUUAUGCGUUUUUCUUUCUCCCAAACUUCUAAGGGCUCACUAGAAUGAUGUCAUUUGGGAUCACUGAUACGAUUGUGUUCCACACACCACAUCAUGUAACCUGACACUGAGCAAGGAGGAGGAAAGGACACAAGAGAUGGGAAAAAGAGGAGAAGGACUUCAGAAUGUGUACGUCUGGACUGGAGGGAUAUCGCUACGGCAACAGCUGGAUUUCUAACGAGGAGUCUCAUUUGAGAGAGAUGAUUCUUUCAUAUUGCUGCACGGCAGAUCCUUACCAGCAGUGUCACUUGGCCGACACUGAGUAUGUUAAAUGUUAUUAUACUUAUUAUAAUUAUUGUUAUUAUGACUAUUUUUUUGUUUCCAUUAGUAACUGAAUGCACGUAGAAAGGGUAGCUGGUAGGUCUAUGUUUACGUUCGGUUUUUUUUUCCUGUAGACUGUUGCUGGGCUGAGCAAGAAGCCGUCAACACUAAAUACAAAAAACUGAAAACGUUUGUGCGUUUGCCAUACAAAAGCAAAAGCCACAAUGCUGAAACUUUCAUACACUUUUUUUUUUCAUAUCCGUUUGUGGAGGUAAAGAAAACAAACUGAAACGGCACUAUUUAUGAAACCGAGUAUUUUAUAUCCUUGUUCUGGGUUUUGUAAUGUACCUUUAUCAUUCCAAUUAUUGAUGCUUACCUGUAUGGGGAAAAAAAUAUGACGGAACAUGUUGGUAAAGUCAUGCAUUUGCAUGAACAUGGUUUACUAUAGUAAUUAAAAAACUCUGAUUGCU